AUGGAUGCAAAAUGGAUUCCAUAUCGGAUCUCGUGGCAUUUUGCCCUGAUCCUCGAAUUGACGUGCAUUGAUUCCCUUCGCGACUCAGACCUCGACUUCCGCACGCUCACGACCUCCCAAGAGGAGUGCCCAGAGAUCUGCACAUCGCCUUCGGGCCGCAGUGGUUCCUACGAGCUGCACGGAGAAGCCGCCAGAAGCCUUGGAAAGGCCAAGUACUUCGUGAGCGCCAACUGUGCAGAUGCCUCGGCCGAUUCUAGCCCAAAGGCCAACGUGGUGCCCUGGAUCGAUGCCGAGGACCCGGUGAAUGGCUCGUUCGUGGCAGUCUUCGUAGACCCCGUCCUUAUUAACAAGAUGCGUGCUGGGACGUCGGACAAAGCCAAGCUCUGUGCAGCUCAGAGCGACGAUACCCAUUGCGUUUGCAAGCUGAGUGGUGAACGGCCGCUGGGCGUGCUGGGACGCAUGUUGGCGGCACUCCCCCACUCCAAGAAAGCGCAGGCGCUGCAGAUUUCCAUGGAGAACUGCCCGGAGGGGGUGCCGGACCUCCUGGCUGGCACGGUGCUGGCAAGCCUCGUGCUGAUUCUUGGGGUGUCCGUCCGGAUGGUGUGCAUGUCUGCGGCAAGCGAGAAGCUGGAGGAACCCAAGCCGGCGACGCUAAAUCAGAGUUUUGUCAGGGUGAAGAGCCCGAUGCAGAACUUCCUCAGCAGCUACUCCUGGGCAGCCGGCUUUCUCCUCUCCUUGAUGGCCUUGCAGACGGGAGCCUUGGCAGUGGUCCGGAAGUCCUCCGAAGAGGAGGCCCCCGUGUGGAUCGUCGCAGCCUGCCCUGCCGCCCUGGCGCUUGCGGCUGCCCUGCGCCUGUCGCAGCUUCUCGUGAAGAAGCAGUUGGUGCACGCGUUCCUGAAGUGGGACGUGAUCAUCACCGAUUUGCCGGAUGACGUUAUCCUCGACGCCGUGCUCGUGGUCGCAAUCCUGGCGUACUUCCUCUUCAUCCUCUACCUCGUAAGCAUCGACCUGCAGACACUGGUGGUCGCCUUGACAGCUCUGGGCAGCGCAUUGUGGACCGUCCUCAAGGCCGUGAGCACUGCGCGGGACCUGGACAAUAGUCUCGAGACCGUGGAGAUGGGCUCUUCGUGCCUGGUAGCCGGCACGGUAAGGCUCGAAAUGAAGCCACUGCCCUGGGCCACGCUGCUGGCUCUCAAGGAACCGCAGGAGCUUCGCAAGCUCUUGGAGUCGGACUCCCCCAGCACCGGAUCCACGUUGCCUUCCUCGACUGCAUCGUCCCGCAGAUGGAGCUUGACAUCCGUGGCUCGGCAGGGGCCCCUGCUCCGUUUCUUGAGCCGCUCCCGAGCCGGCUUCCUCGUGUUGCCAGCCUUCCUGGCCCUGGUGGCAUUCUCGUGCUGCAUCUCCGCCGGGCACAUGACGGCCUACGCGUGUUCGGUCGGGGAGCUCGCGGACCUGAAGCUGGCCAGCUCCUUGCACUCCCUGGAGUUCCUCCCCUGGCAGACCCGGUACGAAGUCACAAGCGACGUGUCCUUCACGAAAUUGGCCCUGGUUGCCAGUGUCCGCCCCUCUGCCACCCGCCUUAUGUCCAUCGCCCAGCCGCAAGCUACGAGCAUGCCGCCUUCCAGCCCCCGAGUCAUUGCGGUUGAGGAGAAGCAGAGCGUGGCGGUCGAAGAGAUCCAGCUGUCGCACCGGCAAGUUCCGCGCGUGGCCACCAUCCGCGUCCAGGGCCUCCGUCCUUCUCGGCCCGAAACCACUUACGAAGUGCGCUUCUCGCCGUCAGCCACGAUGCCGGCAGCCCUCCGGAUCACCGCCCAGGAGUUCCAGAGAACCAUCGCCUGGUCUUCCUUGCCCGGAUCGGUCUUCAGCAUCCCAGAAGGUCUCCAAGACUUUCGCGUCGAAGUGCAGCUCGCCGACUUCCUCCUGGGCUUCCCGAGGCCCCGCAGCCACGGACCCGCUGCUGUGGGGCAGCUUUGGACGACUUACUGGGACCGCCCGAAUGCGACGGAGGAGAGCUGCUCAGCGGAUUGCGCCCAUGACCUGGCAUGCCUGGAGUCCUACGUCGGACCAGGUGGCUGCUACGCGGUGCUUGCCGACAGGAAGGGGUUGGAGUCGGGCGACCUCUCCGAGAAUCUUCCAAGCUCAGUCAAGGCUGCAGAGCAGAAUCUCACGGGCCGCUUGAGCGGGUGUCGGCUGGAGGAGGUGCGAGCCGCUGGAGAGGCAGAGGAGGCCAAGCGAGGCAAGACGACUCAGUGCAGGGACGACGUGGAGAUGAAGCCAGGCCAACUCCAGCUCCCCUUCGGCAGAGUGCAGCCAGACUGGGCCUUCCACCUCGCUACCCUCAGCUUUGCUUUGAAGCUGGAGACGGGAGGCCAAAAGUUCGAGGCCGAGGCCACGCCCAUCUUUUUCAGGCAAGGGACGCCACCUCCAAGCGACGCGAUGGCCAUGCUCGUAGGACACAACGCCAGCGGCAGCUUCGUGCUGAAGACCGAGAGCUCCCUGGACGUGCAGGGAAACGUGGUCAUCUCCGUCUCGAAGUACGACCCGCUUGCCUUUGACACUCUUCGCUUGCUCGUGAUGCCGAUGCUGCCGGACCCGGCCUUCCGCGCCAACUGGUCCGAGUGGUCUCCAGCCACUAAGGCAGACCUGCAGCUCCUGCAAAGGCACGGGCGCUGCUUGGAGAGCGGGUUGAUCAGGUGGCGCUACAGCAUCUGCGGUGCCUACCACGGCUCGAACGACAGCUCAGGCCUCGGAGAUGAGCCACUUGCCGUGCAGAUUAACCCAAUCCAGGGCCAGAUGGAGGCCGCUCCUCAGUUCACAGUGGUGGUCCGCCAGAAGGCGCGGGAGUGGGGGUUUUCGUCCUCACAAUGGCACACCGUGGUCAUGCAGUACGAGGCGGUGGACAGCCCCGCUGCCUGGGCAGCUCAGCUGCACGGAUGUUCGCUCCUGAAUGUGAGCACCAUAGCCGAAGGCGCCGUCCUUGCGUCCGCGGACGCUUUGUGUGAGCUGCUCCCAACUUGCCAUGGGCAGCUGUGCAAGCAAGUGCGUGAGCAAAGCCUCGGUGGAACGAAAACCUAUGAUUUCGGAAGAGGACAAGACGUCCACCCACCGGCGCUUCUGUCGCCGGCUGGCACCGUGAAGCUGCUAGCCUGCAUGGAAGAAGCCGCUCCAAGCUGCAGCGAGAGCCUUCGAACACAAUGGCACUACAAGCAGAGCCACGUAGGCAUGGACGGCUACAGUCUUGCGUUCUCCAUACAGACCUUGCUGGAGCAAGCGAGCAGUAGCACCGCGCUGAGCUUGUUGAAGGAGAUCCGAAGGAACCUGCGCCAAGAGGAAGCCGAGCGAUUCGACGUGGACGCUGUGCGGGAGGUCUGGCGACUGCCGGAGCCGUCAGGUGACCUUCUCUCCACACUGGCAGUCCUGGACGAGAAAAUGCCCCAGCGCCUGGCAGAAGCUCUGGUGAAGAGCCCCUUAGGCACGAUGCCACCCGUGACGCCGCAGGUGCAGGCGGCCUUCGGUAACCUGACGCAGCUGUCGGUGUCCCUGGAGGACGCGGCCCAGCUCGGGCAGCUGGGCGCGCUGGCGCAGCUCGCGCCGAAGCUGCGAGUGCUCACGAUCUCCUGCGCUCUGUGCCCGGCGGACCACAAAAUCCCGGAGCCCGAGGCUCUGCGGUCCUUCGAGCGCCUCAGCGCUCUCGCCGGGUUGCGGCUCAACAACUUCCGGCUCUUGACUCUUCGAGCGAAGGCCUUCGGAAGCCUCGGAGAGCUGAAGGAGUUGUAUCUGCACAGGAGCCAACUCCAAAGCCUAGAGCCCGGCGCUUUCCAGGGGCUCAAAGAGCUGAAGGAGUUGGCUCUGUCCUACAACCGACUCCAGAGCCUGGAGUCGGGCGCGUUCCAGGGGCUGGGAGGGCUGAAGAAGUUGGAUCUGGGCUUCAACCACCUCCAGAGCCUGGAGCCCGGCGCUUUCCAGGGGCUCAAAGAGCUGAAGGUGUUGGUUCUGCAGGGCAACCCGCUGCAAACCCCCCCAGCGAUCUGCAAGGAAGAGGGGGUGGAAUGCUACGAUUGA